GAGUUUUAUUAAAUGAAGCCUAAUAUAUGAUAUAGCACCACUUUGGAAUAAAAGAUUUAGAUGCGAGAAUAUGUAUGUAUAUAGUAUAUACAUCGUCUUCUUGUCUCGUAAAUAAGCUUCCAACCGAAGGGCAAUUGGGUAAAAUAAAACAUUUCAUAUUACCCCGCCAUCCCCAGAAGGCUCUUCGCUUCUGUUAGCAGCUUAAUUGUAACCGCCAUGAAUCAUAUUCUCCUCCUCCUCCUCCUCCUCCACUGCCUCAGCGUCACCUCCACCACCGCCGACUCGCCACCCACGACUGGAUCAGCCGCCUGCUCCGACGAGCUGGUCACAUUCUCCACUUGUCUCCCUUACGUCGCGGUCUUCCCCAACAAUCUGACCGACUCUCCUUCGCAGCUUUGCUGCGACGAUGUUGCCGCCGUCCUCGGCAACGGCUCCUCCGUCUGUCUCUGCUACUUCGUUGUCCGACCUAAAAUUCUUGGAUUUCCGCUCAAUUCCACCAAGCUCUUGUCUCUCACCUCUGUUUGCCCGCUGAAAGAUAAAAGUUCCAAAGCUGAUUUCUCUCUCGAGACACUCUGUUCAGGAUCAGCUGCCUUGCCUCCGCUUCAAAGCAUAACAGGUCCCAGCAACGCAAAGCCUCUCAAUAAUGGGGCCGAUAGCCCUCCACCCUCUUUGAGGGGUUCAGCUCAAGAAUCAAGUGGCAAUUCAUCAACUGAAGGGCCAGCAGGUGGCAAUUCAUCAACUGAUGAACCAGCAGGUGGCAGUUCAUCAACUGAGGAACCAGAAGAUAAAUUACCUCCUCGACCAAGCUCAUCAACCAUCCCUACAACAAUUUCAUCUGCAACACAAAGGACCUUCACUUUCACUUGGACUUUGCUAAGGUUCUCCGUCUACAUUUUGACUCCUUUAUAAAUCAGCAGCUGUGAGCCAAGAAUCCACAUUGAUUUGUAUAGAAUGGUUUUUGUAAAGGAUAGUUUAGGGGACCAGUGACUAAACACUGCCAAUUGGGAUGUUGUCCCUUAACAGUGCUUGUAUCUUUUUGAAGAUUCAUUUCUUGUUCAAAUGAUGUGCAGCAUUGACUGAAAUAGAGGUUCCCAAAGUAGUUGAAACAUAACCUUCUCUCUUGUACAUUCCUUGCAACAUAGGAAAUGUGAGAAAUAUCCAAGAAUUCAAAUUAGAAGAUACCAUAAUGCACCGUCAAGUCAAGGAGAUCAAAUUUCUGCCUUUUUUCUUUCCCUUUUUCUUCUUUUACAUAUAUUUUAGUUCCACU